AUGGGUACGGACUUCUACCUGUACUUGACGAUUUGCCCAACGCUAGAAGAACGCCGCAUAUUGACCUGGGCUGAGCUUCAUCGCCAAAGGUCCAUCGGUGUCUCCGGUCCAGGAAUGACAUGGAGAAUCAAGACAUUCCGAGACUUUGUGGUCCAUGGGGGUCCGCACCUCUCGAGGGAGCGGCUGCCCGCGCACGGGCUGCCGCAUGCCGGCCCCACAGAACCGAAAAUUUCGAUGCGCUAA